GGUAUUAAAACGACUACUCUGGCAUUCUAUCUCGUCAAUUAAGUUUUGUGCUGUUUGUGGUAUUUUAUAUCUGGACUGUUUAAUGAAAAUACAUAUUAUUUUUAUAGAAUUAGCUAAACAGAAUGGAUAUUUUGCGGAAGAACAUACGGUUGUUACAGAAGAUGGCUAUACUAUAUUGUUUCAUAGAAUACCUUAUAGUCCCGUAUCAAAUAUUACCUAUAAAAUAAGACCAAUAAUAUUGAUGCAACCCGGUGCAUUUGCUUCAUCCGAUUAUUGGAUUUUAUAUGGCUCUAAAAGAAGUCUUCCGUGUUCACUUGCGGAUGCUGGAUUUGAUGUAUGGCUGGGAAAUGCUCGAGGAAAUAUAUACGGUCAAACUCAUGUAAAAUUUUCAUCGAAGGAUAAAGAAUUUAUGCAAUUUAGUUAUCACGAAAUUGCAAUUUACGAUGUUCCAGCAAUUAUCGAUUAUAUUCUUAAUUAUACAAAAUCAGAAAAACUUUAUUUUAUUGGACAUUCGAUGGGAACAACAGUAUCAUAUGUUUUAUUAUCAAUGAAGCCAGAUUAUAAUGAAAAAAUACGUUUAGUUAUAAGUUUGGCACCUACUGCAUACUGGAAGAAAGAUAUUAUGUCUCCACUAAUGAAAUUUAUAAUGACAUACAGUUCAAUAUCCAAGUUUUUAUUAGAAUCAGGAGAAAUGUAUGGUAUAAUACCUAAAUCAAUUAUAAAUAAAUCAUUGAUAGCAGCUUGUUCUUAUAAAUUUAUUUUGCAAUCUUUAUGUGUUCCAUUAAUUUUUGCAUUGUUUGGAUCAGAUCCUUUUCAAAAUAAACCCUCAGAAAUAUAUAAGUUUAUUAACUAUUAUCCAUCAGGUGGUUCUUUCAAUAUUUAUUAUCAUUACAUUCAAAAUAUCAUGACAGAAAAGUUUCAAAGUUAUGACUACGGAUAUGAACAUAAUAUGAAACUAUAUAAACAAAAAGUACCACUUGAAUACAACUUAACAAAAAUAUCAGCACCAGUGGCCUUGAUAUACGGAAAAAAUGAUAUACUCGUACCAGAUAAGUUUUUGGUCGAACUGUACAAAAAGUUACCAAAUCUUCAAUUAUUUGAAGUUGUACCAUACGAUCAUUUUACUCACAUAGAUUUCAUAACCGCCAGAAAUGUAAAAGAGUUACUGAACGAUCGUAUUAUAGAUUUAUUGAAACAUUAUUUGCAAUAAAUAAUAAUUAACAUUUCGAAAUUUCUUGUAAAAUAAAGAGUAUAAUUCUAAUUAAAGACA